AUGGAUCUCCUGCCGCAUCCAGACGACAUGUCUCGUUUCUCAGACUUCACCAUCCUGACAACGAUUUACAAGACAAUUUCAGACCACUCCAUCACCACCGAUGUCCUCAUCCCGAAGAAGCUGACAGAGGCCUCGAGCCCGGUGACCUCACCAUGCCCCAUAAUACUACGCUACCACGGCGGCGGUUUUAUCGGCGGCGCGAGUCUCUAUCCCGGAUUCUUCGCGCCCUGGCACAUGGAACUCGCGGCACGCCACUCGGCUGUAAUUGUGAGCCCGAACUACCGUCUCGCGCCGGAGUCCACUAUCGAAGACCUCCUCGAAGAUAUAGAGGAUCAUUGGGCCUGGGUUCAUAAGGAGCUAGCCCCUUUUCUCAAGAAGGAGCUUGGAGGCCGCGUUGAUGUUGACACGGAUCGGAUCCUGACGGCUGGUGACAGUGCGGGAGGCUACCUGAGUAUCAUGACAGGCUUGUCUCAUGCCAAGGAAAUCCGGGCUGUGACAGCUGCCUAUCCUUGCAUCGACCUUGCCGACGCACACUUCAUGGAGAGGCCGACGGCUCCGGUAUUCGGACUAGCCCUGCCUCAGAGCAUCGUUGACGACCAUUUUGAAAAGAUUCGUAAUGGGGAGGCACCUGCACUCAUCUCCAACGACCGAAAUCUCGAGAGGGGCCUCCUCAUGUUUGCUAAUCUUCAACACGGCGGCUUUCCCAAGAUGUUCCCGCUCGAGAAGGAGCAGCUUUUUCCGUUUGAGAGGUUGAGGGCUGGGCAGAAGUUUCCGCGCGGUGGUGUAUUCGUGUGGCAGGGUGCUGAUGAUAGUGUUGUGCCGGCGAAAGGAAAUGUCGCUUUGAAAGAGUUGGUUAGGGAGGUUGACCCUGAGUUUGAGUUCAAUCUGGCGGUCCAGCCUGGUGAGCAUGGCUUUGAUGCUAUGACGAAGAUUGAUGAAGAAUGGAUGGCGAGUGGGCUGAGGAACUUGGUGAAAGCAUGGCUACAGUAG